UUGUGCUAAGGUGAAUGUGAAGAAAGUAGGACUAGAGUUAGGCGGGAAAUCUCCUCUAAUAAUCUUCCACGAUUGUGAUCUCGAUAAGGCAGUGAGAAUGGCUUGUGGAGCAGUGUUUUUCAACAAGGGAGAGAACUGUAUAGCUGCAGGUCGGCUGUUUGUUGAAGAUUCUAUACAUGAUGAGUUUCUUGAACGUGUGGUUAAGGAAGUAAAGAAGAUGAAGAUAGGUGACCCAUUAGACAGAAGUACUGACCAUGGUCCACAAAAUCACCGUGCACAUUUAGAGAAACUUGUAGAAUACUGUGAUAUUGGUAAGAAGGAAGGUGCUACCCUGGUAUAUGGUGGAAAACAAGUAGACAGACCAGGAUUGUUUAUGGAGCCUACAAUUUUCACCGAUGUUGAAGAUGGAACAAUGAUGUCAAUAGAGGAAUCUUUCGGACCUGUUAUGAUCAUCUCAAAAUUCAUGGAUGGGGACAUCGAGGGAGUUAUAGCUCGGGCAAACAACACAGAAUACGGCCUGGCCUCGGGCGUGUUUACCAAGGACAUAAACAAGGCCAUGACAGUGGCUGACAGUAUUAAAGCAGGGACAGUCUUUGUGAACACUUACAAUAAGACAGACGUUGCCUCACCAUUUGGAGGAUUUAAACAAUCAGGAUUUGGAAAAGAUCUUGGGGAAGAAGCAUUGAACGAAUAUCUGCAGACAAAAGCUGUGACUGUAGAAUACAAUUUAUAAAACAGUUUUACAGGGAAGUAGAUCUGUGGUGGGAGUAUAUUGAACAAUAGAGAAUUGAUACUUUGUGUUGCACAUAGACUUAAAUGUAUAUACAUAGUUUUGUAUAAAAAAUAUAAAUAUAAAAAAAGGUGCCAGAAAAAGAAAACUCUACUAAAAAAAAAGUGACAUACAAUGAUUUUGUAUUUCCUUUAGAUAAAUUUCACUAUUUUAUAAUACUGAUGUAUCAGUUAGAUUAUGAAAAUCAUUUUAUUUUAUUAAUGUGUUUAACCAAAACUAAACUAAAAUUGGCAAAUAAUGUCAAUUACCAUUGUAACAAUGUGUUUAAUGAUAUUGUUAAUUUGUUCUGACAAUUAAUAUAUAGAAAUA